UUUCAGAAUCACUUUUGGCAUCUCAAUAUCCCAACUUCUGCAUCUCCUCGGAAAUUCCUGAUUCCCCUUGAGGCGGAGGCUCAGUGGUGUCUCUCUCGCUCUUCCCAGGGGCUUCCCGGGGGGCCAGCAUGAGCGGUUGCAACGCCUCCCAGCGCCACCCCUCCGUCUUCCUUCUCCAAGGCAUCCCUGGGAUGGAGGACAGGCACCGCUGGCUCUCCGUCCCCUUCAGUGCCAUGUACUUCGUCACCAUCCUCGGGAACUGCGCCAUCGUCUUCACCAUCUCCACCGAGCGCUCCCUGCACAAGCCCAUGUUCCUGCUCCUGUGCAUGCUGGCCCUCACGGACCUGGGCAUGUCCACCAGCACCGUGCCCAAGGUGCUGUGCCUCUUCUGGUCUGGCCGGAGCGAGAUCAGCUACGGGGGCUGCCUGGCCCAGCUCUUCUUCAUCCACUCCAUCUCUGCCUUGCAGUCGGCCGUCCUCACGGCCAUGGCCUUUGACCGCUACGUGGCCAUCUGUGAGCCCCUGCGCUACGCCACCCUCCUCUCCAACAGUCGCGUUGGGCUCAUUGGCCUGGCGAGUGUAGGGAGAGCCGUCCUGCUGAUUCUCCCCAUGCCCGUGCUCCUCCAGCACAUGCCCUUCCACCCCAGACGCAUCAUCCCCACCACCUACUGCGAGCACAUGGCAGUGGUGAAGAUGGUGUGUGUGGACACCACGGUCAACAGGAUGUACGGCCUGGCGGUGGCCCUGCUGGUUGCUGGGGGGGACAUCGCAGCCAUUGCCUCGUCCUAUGUGCUGAUCGUCCGGGCUGUCCUGAGGCUCUCUUCCAAGGAAGCCCACCGAAAAGCGGUCCACACCUGCACCGCACACAUCUCUGUCAUGCUGCUCUCUUACACCCCUUCACUGUUUUCAUUUCUCAGUCACCGCUUUGGCAGAGGAAUUCCACCUCACGUGCACACCAUCCUUGGCAGCCUGUAUUUCCUUGUGCCUCCAAUGCUCAAUCCUAUCAUUUACGCCGUGAAAACCAAGGAGUUUCGGGACAAAAUAGCCAAAUACUGGUGUUGGAGGAAGGAGCCCAUAAUCUUUGCCCGUGGUCAGAAACCUCUCUGAUUAUUCUACACUAGUGGGCUUGAGAGAGAGAAAAAUAAAAGUGAAGUUGACGUAAUUCCUGGGGGAAUUGGCUAGUAGAAGAAAGAUGUCAUAUUGGCAGAAAAAAUCCUUGCCCAGACAGUCUAGGAUAUAGGAAAUCCCCUGGGUCUCACUAGCUCCAAAGCGAGGCUCUUAUGCUCUGUGAAAUAAAAAUAAUGAAGUAUUCUUUCCUCGCUGACAUAUAUGUUGGGCAAAUUAUAUGAGAUUCUGCAUAUAGCAGAAUAUUAUAUAAUAUAUUCUGUUUGACUAAUAACACUCUGAACCCAUGCAAAAAGGGCCUGAGCAUUUCCACACGGAGAGAACUUAAGAGCAAACAAUAACUUCCUCACCGCAUUGCAAGUCAAGGCUCGGGUGUCUGCAGGGUGGGUGUGUAACAUGCUUCUGUGUUUAAGGAGAAGUGGAAGAUGACGUGUGUUUGUGGUGAGUGCGAGGUAACAGGGAAGGUACAAAAUUGUAUUUGGAGUCACUGUAUUAUUAUUCCUGCCACGGAAGCCUUAACAUGUGGUGUCAUGAAUCAUUGCUUCCUCAAAGAAGUAGAAAUUCAGACAGGAAACACAAUCUCCAAUUUCCAAAGAAAUCUGAAUGGAAAAAGAAGCAAAGGCUGAUAACCAUUUUAACUAAUUUUGCAUGUUAAAAUUCUUCAAGUCAACUCUCCUGCCCUUCUCAACUAAUUCUAGUGUCUGUUAAGACUCUCUCAAAAAAGAAACAGUCUGAGAAUGUCCUGUUGAUAAUUAUAGUUCUAUAAGUCAGUUUUAUACUGGAAAUCUUUGGCUAUGGACCUCUGCAAACAAGUUCUUAGGGAACACGAGAGGAAGUCAUGAACCAGUACUUGGGGCAGCUUCUAGAGUUUGGAUCCUGUGCCCAGAUAUGGGAAUUUAUUAGUCUAGAAGUUGUUGUUUGGAGUUCCUGUUGUGGCUCAGGGGGUUAAGA